AUGGCCGGUUGUUCUUUUACCAAAGCUUGUGUGGAGCGAGGUUUGGGUCUGUGUUUUAAUAAUGGGGAUGAGGAAUUUGGUGGCUGGUUUGAGGAUUUAUGUAACACUCAGCUGUCUGAGAAUAUUGAGAAGCUGGCAAUGAUUCUUUGGAGUGUUUGGGGGGUCCGCAAUGAUUUACUUUGGAAUGAUAAGGCUAAUUCUGUGGAAAGAGUUGUUUCAUCUGCAAUUACGUACCUUGAACUUUGGAAAUUUGCUCAAAGUAACAAUGGAGGAGCUUCAUCUUCUUCUGGUCAGUCUCGUGCUGGUGUUGAGCACUGUAUUAAACCGUCUUGGGGAGAGUCGAAGGUUAAUUGUGAUGCUGCUCGUUUUUUCUGGAGAAAGGAUGGGUUGGGAUGGAUUGCCAGAGAUCAUGCUGGGUUGUGCUUUGCUGCUGCUGCUGUCAAACUCCGAGGUGAAAUUGACCCUGUUGUUGCUGAGGCGUUGUCCAUGAAGGAGGCUUUGAGUUGGGUUAAAUCCUGUUGGGGAGAAGGCAGGACUGUUGAGGAUUUUUGUCCUACAGCGUUGAUUUUGGAGUCGGAUUGUCUUGUGUUGGUUAAUGCUAUCAAUAGCAAGAGUUACAUUCUUUCUCCUCUUGGUCUUAUUAUUUCGGAUUGUAUUAAUCUUAUACGGUCCUUUUCUGGUUUUUAUAUUUCAGUUCAGUUUGUUGGUUAG